UUUUAUUUUUAUCAAUCAAUUAAUCACAAGCGAUGAAAGGAUAACAAUAAUUCAAAAAAUAUAUAUAUAUUAAAGAAAAUACAUAAUAAUAGCGUAUUGAAAUUGUAUACAUCCAUACUUUUCAACAAUUACACGGUUUGUUUGGGCGAUGUACGGUGCCGAACACAUUCUAUGCCAUCCGAGGCACAUGCACAAAUCAAAUGGCUAUUAAAGAGACACACGGACACAGACAAAAGUUUGUGGAAGAAAUUGAUUACGAUGAAAUUGAAAAGCUUGAAAUUGUUGGAAAAGGGUCAUUUGGUGUUGUCUACCGUGGACGGUGGCGUAACAACUAUGUAGCUGUCAAGCACAUUGAUACUGAAGCUGAACGUAAAGCAUUUACAGUUGAAGUUCGACAGUUGUCUCGAGUCAACCAUCCUAAUAUUGUCAAAUUAUAUGGUGCAUGCACAUCAAAUCCUGUAUGUUUAGUAAUGGAGUUUGCAGAAGGAGGAUCAUUAUACAACGUAUUACAUUGUAAACCUGAGCCUCAAUACAACUUGGGACAUGCUGUUAGUUGGACAUUACAAUGUGCAGAAGGUGUAGCAUAUCUUCAUAAUAUGAAACCUAAACCAUUAAUUCACCGUGAUUUAAAGCCACCAAAUUUACUAUUAGUGAAUGAAGGAAAAACACUAAAAAUAUGUGAUUUUGGGACUGCUUGUGACAAAAAAACAUAUAUGACCAAUAAUAAAGGUAGCGCAGCUUGGAUGGCACCUGAAGUAUUUGAAGGUUCAAAUUAUACUGAAAAAUGUGAUAUAUAUAGCUGGGGUAUUAUUUUAUGGCAAGUUUUAACAAGACUGAAACCAUUUAAUGAAAUUGGUGGAUCUGCUUAUGGAAUUAUGUGGGCUGUACAUAAGGGAACCAGACCACCAAUAUUUGAACAAUGCCCUCGACCGUUCCAGGAAUUGAUUACUGAGUGUUGGGAUCAAAAUCCAAAUGUUAGGCCAUCAAUAGAUCAUGUUGUUCAGGUUAUGAGGAUUUUAAUACAAUUUUGUUCUGGUCAUGACCAACCAUUAAUGUAUCCCAAUUAUUGUUAUUCCAUUAGUAGUGAAUUUGAAGAAGACUGUACUUCCGAAGAUUCAUGUCCAGACAUUUCCGACUCCUAUAUUGAAAGCUUAAGAAGUCAUAAAGGAAUAAAUGGAAUGUUGACAAAUGAUAGUUUAAAAUCUAAUCCCAAUUUAUCAAUACCAUUAAAUGUCAAUGUAGAGAACAGGUUUGAUCAAUAUGAAGACUUGAAAAUAUUAACCAUGCCUGGAUUUGACAAAAUGGGGGCUUAUCAGACUGUUGAAUCAACUGACCGAGAAGAUGAAUCAAAUUCACAGUGUCAAAGUCAAGAUGACACUAAUAAUGUAAAAGGUGUUUCUGGAACACAUCCUGAACUGGAUAAUUUGUACUUGAUGUUAGAUCAACAGUUGCAUCCAAUACCCCCAGAUAACACUUGUCCACAAUCAGUUCAAAUAUUCGAAGAACACAAACAGCUUGCUCAAGAAUAUUUAAAAGUGCAAACUGAAAGAGCAUAUUUAUCUAGACAUAUGGAGCAAUUGGCAGAGCGAUUAAGUCAGGAAGAAAUCUUGUGUGAUGAAGAAGUAGAUGAUGAUGAUGAAGAACUUAAAAAGCUCAAAAAUGAAAAAGAAAAUUUAACACAAUUAAGUCAGAAUCUCAAAAAACAACUAGAAAUGAUACAUGUAAAAAAAAGUAACCAUUCAAAUGAAAAUGAACCGUCAUCAUAGUGAUCAUGAAUUGUUUUGUAUUUGACUAAGCAGCUUAAAGUGAAUAAACUUUGCGUCAUAGUUCAUUACUUUAAGUAACUUAUUGAUUGUUAAAUACUUAAAUAUGGAGCUGGCUGACAGUAUAAGCAAUUCACUCUCCAGUAUUUUUUAUAAUUUAGUCUACUAUAUUCAGGUUUUUUUCUAGGUAACAAUAUAAGAUACAGUAAUUGCACAUCAUGUUAAAACUCAAUAGUUUGACAUGCUUACAAAAGUAUUCUGUACAAAUAAAAACAAAUUUUAAUACUUAUGUAAUUUAUUUAUGAUAUCUCAAACCUAAAUAAGGUAUAAUAAUAUAUUUGAUUUAAAAAUACUUUUGUAUUUCCAAUGCAAAGUUUUAACUCUCUUUUAAAUAUUAUUGUCAUUUUGUUUCAAAGGCAAUAAUUGGUAAAAUUAUGCUUCCCACAAAAUUAUCAGUGAAAUAACAUAUAGCAUUAUUAAUUAUUAGAGACAAAAAAUAUUGCUUACAACUAGAAAAGUGGUGUAGAAACUUAAGAUUCAAUAUUUUAAACACUUCUAAAUAUAUAGCGGACAGUAUAAUGCUUAAAAUAUCUAUUAAAUUAUCUAUACUUAAAUAUGUAGAACUAUUCACAAAAAUCUAAAUAUGAUAUUAAACCACAUCUAUUUUUUAUCCAUCAACUAAUCAUAAUUAAGUUAAAAUGACCAACUUGUAUAUAAAUAAUUAUAGUUAAGAACAUUGAUAUAAUAUUAUCAGUUAUCACAGUAUAUCAGCAUGUGAAAAUAAUAACAGUUAACCAUAAUUUUACCAAAAAUACAGCCAGCUCUAUUAAAUAUGCUAAAGACAGUACAAAUAACAUAAUACUUUAUCUAAUUUUAUAUUGGUAACUUACUGUGUGUGUAUUUGUUAAUUUUAAUUUUUCACAUUAAACCUGGUAAAUUAAGGGGUUUGGAGUUUUGUAUCACGUUUUGUAUUAUUAAGCCGUGUCCUGAUCUAGGAUAUAAUUGUCUUUGUCGGAAACAAAUAUGUAUGUUAAAAUGACAUUACAUGAGUAUUUUUAAAUUGUAAAUUGUUUAAACAUCCUAAAAUACUCUUUAAAAUUUUCAAUGUUACGCACUUGUAAGACGGAAACAAUAAAUUUCCGUGUAAUGUCCUCUUAACGCAUCAGAAACAUCGAAAACACAAAUUUCUGACAAAUGUAUCCUAGGUCUGAAUGCGGCUUACAAAAAAUUAAUGAAGAAUUAUAUUAUAUAAAUAUUUAAUAUGAUAGUUUAUAAAAAAAAUUGUGAUGAACUUGUUAAAUCUUGCAUUUAUGUCAGAUUGACAUACCAUGUUGAAACAUUUUUUUUCAUUAUUUUUCAGUAUACAUGUUUUUAUUUAUAUAUAAUAUUAACAUACCAAUGUUAAUAUUUUGAUAGUUAUAAAAUAUAAUUUAUUUAGUAGAAAUAAUUAAUAUUAUUAUUUUUUUUAUCUGGUGUGUUAUGUUAUUAUUGUAUUAAAUAUGUACAUUUUAUUUUUAUUUAACAUUUUGGUUAUCUUUUGUAUAAAUGGUUAUCAAAUUUGAGCUCUAGUCCAACAAAAUUGCCAAAUUGUUGUUUAUGAAUUUUAUAGUGCUAGAUUGUAUUUAGAAAUAUUUAAAUUGUAUAAUUUACAUUUAAGUUUUAGACCCAUUCAUAACAUUGAUAUAACAAGAAAAACAAUUAUGUUAUGUUAUUGUUUAAUAAUAUUAUAUUAUAAUAAAAUAUAAUAGAAUAUUAUUAUAUAUUUAAAAAAUAAUAACAAUAUUAAUUGUAGUAAAUACAUAGAAACAUAAUUUUAUGUUAUACAUAUGUAGUUGUUUAUUUUUUUUUUAAAAUAUAAACUAUCUUAUAUCUAUGUAUAUUGUCAUAUUGAAAUGGAUUUUUAUCUGUUUGUUAGCUAAGGACUCAACAAUUAUUUGACCGUUAUAAAUAAAAGUUAUACCAAUAUAUACCUUGAGUCACAGAGGGUAUUUAUAAUAUAUUUAAUCAACCCCUAUAUACACUAUACAGGGUGAUUUUUUUUAACAAAUAUUCAAAUUCUUAUUUUUGGAACUUUUAAAUACACAGAGACUAUAUUUUUGA